UUAUCCAACAGGCUGGGCUGGGCUAGAGAGCUGCGUGUCGGUCCAGGUGGUGCACGCAUGCUCCCACAUCCGCAGCCCCCCUCCCUCCCAUUCUCCUCCCUGAUCUCCUCCCCUUCUUCCUCCUCCCACCCCUGUCCGGAGCUUUCAGCGGGGAGAGGACCUCGCUCGCCUAUCGAUCAGGGCAAGGGAAGAAGAGGAGGAGGCUGAGCAAUAAGGGCUCCAGCCUUAUCCCGGAGCAGUGAGCUGUAGCUGCGGCUUCUGUGAUUUCAGCACCAAGAGUGCUGGACAGCUCCCAUUGCGGCGGGCGAGGCACCGCUGCCAGUUGGGUUCAAUCUAGGUCCGCCAAGGGAGGCAUUGGCACACAAAGCCUGCUGGAAAGGAGGAAGGGAAGCAUUUUUGAUCUUGCUGAAGCAGCCAGGGGAUCCUCUCCUCUCUGGUUUUGCCGCAAGCCUUUCUCCAAAGCCGCGGUCAGAGCAGCAAAGGAGACCUAACACACGGGAGGAUGCUUCUCAAGCUGUCUUUAUUGAUACCAGUGCUGGCACUGAUUGUAGGCCAGGCACAUGGAUUCCCCAAGCCCGAGGGCACUAGAGGAGAUAAAGCUUUACACAACAGAGAAUUAAGUGUAGAAAGACCACUAGAAGAACAGAUUGCUGAGGCAGAGACGGAUAAAAUGAAAAAGCCAGCCUCUACAGACAACAAGCCGGAAUUCAGAAAUUACUCAUUUGCUGAUGACCUGAACCUGCUCAAAUUGGCAGCAGAAAAAGAGAGGAAGGAAAAGGAAAGGCAAUCAAUCAGAAACUCCCUGUAUGACCAACAGCUUGCCCUUGAGGAUACAGAUUCCACCAAGAGCCGGAGGCUGGUUGAUGAUUAUGACUCCACUAAAAGCAGCCCGGACUAUAGAUACCAAGAUGAUCCAGAUGGACUCCACCAACUUGAUGGUACACCAUUAACAGCUGAAGACAUCGUUCAGAAGAUUGCCAUGAGGAUAUAUGAGGAAAAUGACAGAGGAGUCUUUGACAAGAUCGUUUCCAAGCUUCUAAAUCUGGGACUCAUCACAGAAAGCCAGGCCUACACGCUGGAGGAUGAGGUGGCUGAAGUCUUGCAGCAGCUCAUUGCCAAUGAAGCAAACGAUCGCGAAAAGGCAUCUGAAGAUCUUGGUGACAUUCCAACCAGAGCAGAGAGUAAUCCCAAUGAAAAACAGGAGGAAAACAUGGCUACGAAAAAUACUGAUCAAGACGACACAUUGGAUAACACGUGGACUUCCUCCAACAUCUUGGAAAGAAGAAACGAACUGCCUCCUGAGGAUAAUUUUGAAGAUCUCCAGUAUUUCCCUAACUUUUAUGAGCUACUGAAGAGCCUCAACACAGAGAAAGAAGCCAAAGAAAAAGAAACUCUCAUAACGAUCAUGAAGACUUUGAUAGACUUUGUGAAGAUGAUGGUGAAAUAUGGGACAAUCACACCAGAAGAAGGUGUUUCCUACCUAGAAAACCUGGAUGCAAUGAUAGCUCUACAGACAAGAAAGAAACUCGAAAAGCCCAGCACCAAAAACAAGCUGCCAUCAGACAAGAGCACUGAAGAGGCUGACAGCACAAAAGCCGCAGCAGCUAAGAUGGAAAAAGAAUACGAAACGCUGAAGGAUUCGACAAAAGCCGAAGAACAAAACACAGGAAACGACGAGGAGCCCAAAGGGAAAGCAGAGGCAUAUUUGGAAGCCAUCAGAAAGAACAUAGAAUGGUUGAAGAAGCACAACAAGCAAGGAAAGAAAGAAGAUUACGAUCUUUCUAAACUGCGGGACUUCAUCGACCAGCAAGCCGACGCUUACGUAGAGAAGGGCAUCCUGGAUAAAGAAGAGGCAGACGUGAUCAAGCGUAUCUACGGCAGCCUGUAAAGAGCAGAAAAGGGGACGUCUCUUGAAGCUGUAGGGAAUUCUAGUCGAGCUUCACCCACACCUAGUACAACCUCCUUUCUCCCUGCCCUCGCCUCUCAUCCCAAGAUUAUUAGAAAGUAUUCUCUCUGCGUUGUACUGAAUUUAUUCCAGGUGAAAAACCUUGGUUCACAACCCACUAUGACUGCAUCUUCAUUCCCCCCUGCACAUCAACCAUUCCACUUAAGGCAGGGUUUUUUUGCUGCCCACUUUCUAGUCAACAGGGUAAAAUGCUGGCAACAUGUUGCUGUUAGCCUAAUUUUUGACAUCCUCUAGGGAAGGCAGGUGCUUUUGGAGAAGAUCUCUUCCCCCCUCAUGCCCAGCAUCCGCCAACUUCUUCCACCGUUCAGUGGCUUUGUAGAGAUGCCACUCUGUGCAUUUGCAAAGGGCAUUAUUAAGAUGAGAAUGAUGCAACUACAUAUUAAGAAAUCUCACAUUCCGGUUCCAUUUUGUCGUUCAUAUUAUUUUGUGUCAAAGAUGGUCCCAUUUGAAUUCGUUAUGUCGCCAUUUCCUCACUGUUUGGUGCAUUCUGUAUUGUGUCCCUGUCUGUGUGCCAUUGAGUAGCUGCUACAUGUUCGACACACUGCAUCAAGCCUUUAAAAGUAGAUCUUACAGGGAGAAGGAACUGUUUUGUCACGGCAUUGCUAUGGUCAGGUACACCAGCAAUGUUGUCAUUAACACACCUUCAUAGUUCUUUAAUAAGUGUUAUUUCUCUGCAUGUAUAAAGAAUGGAAUUCUUGAUGUGAGUAGCCUAAUGGCACAUGUAAAUAGCUGUUAAUUUAUAAGGAGGAGGAGGAGGAGGAGAAAUUUAAAGAGAAAGCAUUUGAGGAGCCUAGAAUUAGAAGUGUACUUAGGAUGAGCGGUCUCAAUAUCAAUAUAGGUUGCUCAUCACUUCUGCCAGUCAGACCAUGCAAAGUUUCAAACUUUUGGCCUGCAUUGAAGGAAAUUGCUGUUAUACCCUCAAGCUUGUUGGAGAUUGAAUGGCCAUGUAGCACAAUGGGCUGUAUCCAGUGUUAGUCCUACUCAGAGGAGACCCACUGAAGUUAAUAGGCAUGGCUAACUUUUAUUUGUUAAGUUCUGUGGGUCUAGUUCAGGGUUUCCCAAACUUGGGUCUCCAGCUGGUUUUGGACUACAAUUCCCAUCAUCCCUGACCACUGGUCCUG